CAACGCUGCUGCCAUCUGACAACUUAUUCAAGUAAAGAGCACAUCUCCGUAAGCCAGUUUUUGCAAAAUUUCGUUCAAAACGCAUAUAUUAAGGCAAUUGGUUGGUGAUAUUUAUAAAAUAUCACAACGCCAACUAUAUACCACUAAGGCAUUAGCCCGAGCCACAAGUGUAAAAGUUGUAGCAGACAACAAAAUGGUCGUCCAACACAAUGUUAAAGGUUAUGACGAGUUCAUUAAACUGGUGGGCGAAUUGGAGGGAUCUAAGCAGCCCAUUCAUGUUCUAUUUUCCGGUGGAAAAGAUGAAAAAGGCGAAAGCUGGUGUCCUUAUUGUGUCAAGGCCGAGCCGGUGAUUCAUGAUGCUCUACCUAAAUCCCCCGAAAAUUCACAUUUCAUUCAUGUUGAUGUUGGAGAGCGGGCUUAUUGGAAAGAUUUGAACUGCCCAUUCCGCAAAGACCCCAACACUCACUUGGUUUUUCUGCCCACAUUGCUGCGUUGGAAAUCUCCUCAGCGUUUGGAUGGAGAGCGUUGUUCGAAUAAGGAUUUGGUUGAAAUGAUGUUUGAAGAUGAAGACUAAAUAAACAUAAAUGGCAAUAGGCGGAAACCCCAUACCUAUAUUAUACAUAUUAAUAAAGUUCUAAUAUUUUGUAUAAUUGUACAUUAAAUAA